UUUCCAAGGAAACUGAAAUCUGGGGAAACCUGGUCAAUGCGGCGGGCCUUGCCACGGCCACCGGCGAUGACCGGCCAUCCACCAGCGAACAUCGGAGGGUUUUCUAUAAAGUGAUGAAGCUGGAUCUAUACAAAAAAGGGUUCCCAAUGGCUUAGUUUUAGUCGGUUUGACAGUCAUUGUGAGGUGCCGGACAGGAUCCUGGCCGAUUGUUGUGAUCGUCACACAUAAUUCUCCUUCAGAUGCUCUCUCGCUGUUUCGGGUCCCAUCCAUACAACGUGCCAGCAUGUCGCCCUACUUUGGCCUGCGAGGCUCGCAAUUGGAACGUGCCGUCAUGUGGCUCGUUGUCUGUCCGGCAUUCGUGUGCUAUGGCUAUAACCAGGCCGUCACAGGCGGCUUGCUCACCCUCGAGUCGUUCGUCAAAACCUUUCCGCAGAUGAACACGCUCACCACGACGGGCGCGCAGCAGAACUAUAAUUCGACUAUCCAGGGCACGGUCGUCGCCCUCUACACCGUCGGUGGUAUUUUCGGCUCACUGUCAUGCAUCUACCUGGGCGACCUCCUGGGCCGCCGGCGGGUCAUCUUCCUCGCAUCCGCCGUGUCCAUGAUCGGGGCUAUUCUCAUGGCGACUUCUUUUGGCUUGGCCCAGUUCAUCGUCGCUCGCCUGGUGUUGGGACUGGGCACUGGCGGCUAUGUUGCCACGGUCCCGGUGUGGCAGGCUGAAAUCUCCCGACCCAGCAAACGAGGCGCCCACGUGGUAACGGAUGGUAUCUUCAUCGGCGCGGGAAUCACCAUCUCGCUGUGGAUCGACUUUGGCUUCUACUUCGUGACGGGGAGCUCGGUGUCCUGGCGGUUCCCGCUGGCUCUCCAGGUGGUGUUGUCGUUGAUGGUCAUGGCGUUUGUGAUGGUGAUGCCCGAGUCGCCCCGGUGGCUGCUCAAGCGUGGCCGCCCCGAGGAAGCUAGCGAGAUCCUGGCCGCGCUAGCAGACGCCGACCCCGAGGAUGCCGCGAUCACGCUGGCCGUGCGCGAUAUCGAACGGUCGCUGGCGCUAACGGGUUCCGGCUCCUGGAAGGAUCUCCUGAGCAUGGGGGAACAGCGCUUGUUCCACCGCGCGGUUCUGGCGGCUGCAGGCCAGAUGUUCCAACAGAUGUGUGGGAUCAACCUCAUAACCUUUUACGCCACGACCAUCUUUGAGCAAUAUCUAGGGCUAGACGCGCUACAGUCACGUGUCCUAGCCGCCGCCAUGUGUCUGACGCAGCCGCUGGGGGGUUUCCUGGCCUUCUUCACAAUCGACCGGCUGGGCCGCCGCGUGCUGAUGCUGUGGAGCGCGGCGGGGAUGUCGGUAUCGAUGGCGAUCCUGGCGGGCACGACGUCACUGCCGGACAACACGGCGGCGCUGGUUGUAGCCGUGAUCUUCCUGUUUGUUUUCGAGUUCAUCUUCACCGUGGGCUACUCCGGCCUCACGUUCUUGUACGCGACGGAGGUGGCGCCGCUGCAGCUGCGGGCCGCUAUCAGCGCGGUGUCAACGGCGGCGGUGUGGACCUUCAAUUUCUUAUUAGCCGAGGUGACACCAGUGGGCUUCGACACCAUCUCGUGGCGGUACUACAUCAUCUUUGCCGUGCUGAACGCGGCGAUCGUGCCGACGGUGUAUUUCUUCUUCCCGGAGACCAACGGGCGGUCGCUGGAAGAGAUCGACGAGAUUUUCAUGCAGUCGAAGAGUGUGCUGGACCCACCGCGCCUGGCGCGCACUUUGCCGCGCAUGCUGCACGUGGCGGAUGUGGUCGAUGAGACCGAGACGGAAUCCGGGGGGGAGACUGGUAAUGGUAAAGGAAAAAUGUGA